CCUUCUCCUCCUCCAGGAGACCCCUCUACCCGCAGCAGCAGCAGCAGCAGCAGCAGCAGCAAUUUCUACAACAUCAUCAACAACAACAACAACAACAACAACAAUAUCAACAACAAUAUCAACCACAACAGCCGCUCUACGAUUCCUCCGUUCCCGUCUCGAGGACCGCCUACGGUGCCGCCUAUCCAACCAACAACAAUAAGCCCUCACAUAUUGUCAAUACCGCCCCUCACAUCUCUUCCGCCCUCAACUAUCCCCCUCCCUCCCAGUCGUCGAGCUUUUCCGCCUCGGCACUGCCGCGCACCUCAUCCCUGCUCCCACCGCCUCGCAUCACCGUCAAUGAGGGCAGCCGCAAACAACCUCCUCUCUACAACCCUUUCAAUGCCUCCCCCUUUGCCGAGCCAUUGAACGAACGCGACGACGAGCCCGUCUCUCCCAGAAACGUGCGGCGCCGUGGUUCCAGGACGCACUCGCGCUCGAGUAGCCUGGGGGGCCUGAGCGACGGCUUUCGAAAUCUCAAUCGCUGGUCCAUCUCCACCGCCUCGAGCCGUGCCUCGAAUGCCACACCCUCGACAAAGCCCAGGUUACACAAGGGCCGUCCGUCGACCGCCGGCGGAGUAAUUGAGGAGAGCCAGACCUCGAUACCGCCGCUGGAGACCCUACCUCCCAUACUGACCCUGCCGUCUCUGGACCAGGAAGAUUUCGAGCGGGCUGUGCUGUCGAGGCAGGAAUCGAGGGCCGAGAACGACCUGGGGGGCCGCCUCGGUGAUGAUUCUGUCCGGGCCCACGAGACCUCAUACCUGUCCAUGUCCGCCCGUGCCACGCCGGAUCCAACACUACCCACGUCUGCCUUUUAUCGUGACGUCAACGCCAACAUGACGCACACCGAAGAGGCCCCGUCCUCCACCUUUGUCCGCGGCCAUCAGAGGAGCCGCUCACAGGGGCUGAAGAGCAGCACCGACAGUGCGUCCUCGCCCAGGACGCGGGACCGGGCCAAGCAGCCCUCGCAGAAGGCGAUGCUCUCCAAGGCCCUGCAGAAGGCCAACACCGCCGUCCAGCUCGACAAUGCCCAGAAUAUCGACGGCGCCCGCACUGCCUAUUGUGAGGCCUGUGACCUACUGCAGCAGGUCCUGCAGCGGACCCCUGGGGAUGAUGAUAAGAGAAAGCUUGAGGCCAUCGUAACCCAAAGGCUGUAUAUGACGGUCCGAGAUCCACGACAACGACGACGACAUCGACUACCAACAACAAUAACUUUGGGGAGCCCUUUGACCGAGCUCAGUGAUCAGAACCGUCUGGCCCCUGAUCUGUCCUCGCAGAGGGGCCAUCAGCGGACGAAUAGCCACGAGUCAAUCUCCUGGUUAGAUCCGAUCGACGAGUCGGGAGGCUCGUCGGCGUCAUCGGUACACUCGAGAUCAUCGUCGAUAGGCGUCAGGAGAAAGCACAUUCGAGCGGUCAGCGGCGACACCGAGGCCGAGUUCGAUGCAGCGCUUGACGACGCAAUAGAGGCCGCAUACGAUGAUGGGUACGAACCUGUACCACCCGCCGAGCAGCCACGGCAAGUGAAUCUCGAUCAUAUUAUCGACGAGGACGAUGUUGUUGCCCAGGCACUGCGAAAGGUGCAGCUGGCCAAGGAACGUGUCCGCCAGUCGGAGAUGGAGAUGCAGAGGCUUGCGAGCGACAGGGACCAGCGGAUGCGGGCUCUGCAGGAAGAAGAGGAACAGACGCUGCCGGAAGGAUUCUACGAUGGGUCUGAUUCCGACGACGACGAGGAGCGUAUCCUGGAAAAGAUGACCGACGGCUACGCCAUCGAGGAUUUCGCGCUCGUGGGCCAGCAGUCAUCCAAACCUCGCAUUCCCCGCGAGUCCGAUUCAAGCGAGCAGGCGUCACGCACAUGGAAGAGCUCCGCGACGUCGAACCCGCCCACGGCGGCGAACACGACCCUUUCCACUGUCUCGGAGAACGCGCCAGUUCCGUCCCUUUUCAAAAACCAGGGCCCAAUUGCGCCACCUCCGACGCAGUCGCUGCCAAAAUUACCGCCCCAGCGGCCCGCUUCUGGUGGCCGAGACAGCGUGCGGGACCGUCGGCUGUCUGGGCAGAACGCCAAGCAGCUGAAGAUCGAGACACAGCAGCUUGGGCCUAAGAUCAGGGAGCCGGCCACCGCGGGUCCCAUGCUGCAGCAUCCGGAACUGCCUUUGAACACUAUGCAACCCCAGACCGCCGGCCUCAUCACCCAGCAGAGGCAGACCCUAAUGGCUGCCCCCAGUCGAUCUAUCUCGUCACACCGCGGGCCGUCGCCCAUCCCUUCUGGCAUCUCCAUCGAAGCGGCACCUCCAACGCCGCCUGUGCCUACCGGCUUCCAAGACUCGGACAGCCGUUCUGGGUCGUCGUCCAACGCGUCGAAGCCGCCCACCCUCCGCAAGAACUUUUCUUCCAGCUCUCUCAAGAACAUGAAGACGCGGAAGCUCUCUGUCUCCAACAUGGACGAGUACUCGGACAUCUCUCCGGGCACGCCCAUCUCCAACCCUUUCAACAGCGUCUCGGCGGCUCGCCUGCCCGCCAUGCCCUCUCUCCCUACGCCUGUGGCUACUGCCUUCCGGGAUCGUAUGACCUCAGCAGCUGGCGGCUACCACCUGUUUGAUGCCGAUAUUCAUACGCCCAGGUCGCCGACUGAGCGGCCCUCGGUGACGUCAGAUGGCGCUCCGGUACCUCUGGAGCCAUGUCCUAAGGAAACGAUGCUACGCCCCUUCUGGCUGAUGCGGGCGCUGUACCAGACCCUCUGCCACCCCAAGGGCGGGUACGUCAGCAACAAGUUGUUUGUGCCGCGGGAUGCCUGGCGCACAAAAGGCGUCAAGAUCAAGAACCUGGAGGAGAAGAUCAGCCAGUGCGACCUGCUCACCGCUGCCCUGCAGAAGCUCGACAGGGUGAACACGGACGAUGCAGAUGCCGUGCUGGAAGAGAUGCAGAGCCUGGAGGCCGUGCUCGAGCAGGUGCAGACGUUCUUGACCCGGCGGCUGGGCAAUGAUGUGGGCGUGCAGGCUGCAGGCGCCAUGUUCAAGGACGCAGACGGCGCCAUGGAUGGACAGGAUGGCAAGGCGAUCCCGCGGAACAACUCGGUCAGCCAAAAGGGGGCCUUCAGCUGGAAGCGGCUCCGGAGCAAGACCAGCUCGACCACCAUCAGCAACUCGUACCAGGGCGGAACAGGUCGGAAGGAGUCAGGUGCAGCAGAGGCACUGCUGGCCACGCUGCCGUUCACGGACUAUCCCACUUCUAAGCCAAGCAAGAGAGACGUGAAGGCGGUGCAGUUCAGCGGACCCAAUGCUCACUACAUGGCCGCGCUGGCAAAAUUGUUCGACGCAGCGCAAUGCAUAGACCAAAUCGCCCGACAAGUCGAGGACCCUGGGCUCCGACACCAAGACAAGACACAGGUGGGCCUUGAGCUCAGCACUAGGCACGCUGCCGAGUUCUUUGCCUUCUAUGUCUGCCGUUUUGUGCUCCAGGACUUGACGAUGUUGUUGGACAAGUUUAUCAAAAGGGGAAGUGAAUGGGUGCUUGUCUAGUUGGUUCUGGACUGUCUGUCUUGUCUACAACGUGCUUCAGUGGCACGAGGAAGAAGAUGCAUGGCUAUCUCGUAUAUUUUCUUCUUCUUCUUUUUCUCUUUCUUCCCCCCUUUCCUUUCUUCUUCGUCUUCGUCUUAUCUUCUUUUGCAUCUAUAUAACGGGCACUACGGGCGACGAAGUUGAACACCCAGGGCGAGGCACUAUCAACCUUGGGAGAUUUUUUUUUUUUUUUUUUUUGGUUUCUUUGGGUGCCGAAUGAUGGGUUUGAAUCUUGGUGUUAUGAAGGAAGAUAUCCCGCAUUGAACUGCAUACAGUCUCAAUGACAAAUCCGCAUUUGCUGUUCAUAUGCC